AUGGAUCCAUUAAGCAUUGCGACGAAUGUGCUCCGGAUCAUUACGACUUUCCUCGGAGCUGCCAAAGGCCUGAACGACAUACGGAACAAAUGGAAGCACGCGCCCGUUACCGUGCGAUUCCUCUGUUCCCAGCUCAAACUCAAUGGGACCUUACUUUCGCGGCUGCAGGCACUACUUCUUGACGAAACGAAUGCUGUGCACGCGGACCCAGACUUGGUCGAUACGCUCGAUACGACUCUGAGAAGCUCUCUCGUGCUGGGGGUAUGUCUCGGGAAGUACGUGUCGAAGAUCAUGAAGGGCGUCCACGGUGAUGGUAGCAUGAGCUCGAAAGCCAAAUUUUGGACUCUGUGGAAUGAGGAUGAAGCCAAGGACUUAUUGGAACGACUGCAUCAAAACCAUACUGCGAUCAACAUGUUGAUCGGCCCGCUGAACAGGUGA